AUGGUCACGAAAAAGCCUAAAACACCAAAGGGUGACAUCUGGCUCAACGGCUUGAUCCCACAGUCUCCAAACCCAUCCCACCAAGGAGCUCAUCAACCUCCAGAAAAGUACGCUAACAUAGCCAAGGACCUAGCCAACAAAAAGCUUCUAAAUCACCAGAAUGAAGCCGUGAAAGCCCAUACGUGCUGCGCCAUCGCUGACAUCCUACGCAUAAAUGCUCCAGAUGCUCCAUACCUGGACGAGGAGCUCUCUAGAAUCUUUAGAUCGUUCUUUGCGCAGCUAGGCCAUGCCUGGGACACAAAUAAUUCCUUUUAUGCUCAGCAGUCGUAUGUGUUGACCCGCUUGGUCGAGGUCAGAUCAAUCAUCUUGGUAGUGGACUUGCCUGAUGCCGCAGAGCUUAUCACUCUAUUGUUCGAUACCAUGUACGAACUAGCAGCAAAAGGGUUUCCGCAGAAGCUCGAGCAACUAGCUGCAGACAUGCUUGCUGGUGUUGUUGCAGAAGCUGAAAUCAUACCUAAAAACGUCGUCUCCACAGUGUUCAAGAGCUUGACUUUUACAGGCACAUCCCUCACAGGAAAUGCCUCCAACAUCUGCCACCCGGGCUUCGCCUUCUCUGUAGCAGUGUGCGAGGGCAACAUUGACAAAAUGUCGAGACAGGUGGCCAAAUUAUUUUCCGAAAUGCUUGACGAAAGCGCCACGCCUACGGCCACCAAAACUACCAGCACCAAUGCGUCGUUCAAAACACUAGACAAGAUACAUAGAUGGUCAGUGCAAAUUUGGAAGCAUGUUCCUGAGAUGCUUGGGUCAAUCAUAGGGCUCAUUGGUGAUGAGCUCACGUCCGAUUCCGAGAAGAUCCGUGUAUUGGCUACCGAAACUAUCGGUGAGAUAUUGGCCGUCUCAGAGAACAACACGUCUCACACCAAUAUCGACAGCAAUUUGAUUCAUUUUUUCACCGCCCACAAAAGUACAUGGUCGAGUUGGCUUAAGAAAUCUGCAGACGUGUCCGCCUCUGUCCGCUGCGCCUGGGCUACACUGCUCCCUGCGAUACUUGAUUCACCAUCCAUAACAACAGAAAUGGUUACCGACUUACGAGAAAACAUCAAAAAGUGUCUAUUGGACUCAAGUGAGAAGGUCAGAUUGGCUUCAUGUAAGGCAAUCGAAAGCUUAGCAUUUCCAAUAUUCACAAGUAAACUCGCAGACGAGGAACUUCUCCAAACUUUAUUCUCUCUAUUGAGAGAACGCGACGAAGAGAUCAGGACUUUGGUUAUAAGGUGUCUAUGCUAUGUUUAUGAUAACUUCAUGAAACUGACGAUGGAAGAUGAAGUUGUCGAUUUUGGCAGUCUAAGAGCUUCAGAGGUCAAGCGGGUUGAGCAUAUGUUGAGAAGUGAGUUUCCAAAUAAGUUCAUUCAGCUCAAUUACAUCAACCUCGUUUCGAUCACAACUGUCGUCGAUGUUGAGUUAUUUGAGAAUGUUAUACCCUUCCUGAACAAUGCCUCAACUCGAUGUGCUCGUCUCUGUCAUUUUUUCUCUACGCUAGACCAGAAGAGCAGAGAAGCAUUUACUGCAGUGCUCUCACGACAGAAGAAGUACUCCAGUGCGUUGACUAGAUUCAUACAACUUUCCGACGAAUACCAUUCUAAAGAACUGGGAGAUGAUAACAAGGAGAAUGCUGGUGAUCGUGAUGUGAACGAAAGCAAAAAAAUUACUGAUGAAGUACUUCGCAAGGCCGAUAAGCUCUAUCAGUGGUUAUCAGUUAUGAUGCCAGAAAGCUUCAAUUCUCGAGCGUGUCUCGAAAAACUUUUCGUUCUGAACAAUUCUAGGCACUUGAAGCUUAUACUGAAUUGUAUUUCCAGUCAUCUGGAUUAUAAAACUAUCAAGAAUUCCAUUAAAGAAUUGAUAGUAAGUUUGAAUAAUCAGAAGUCCAAGAAAUCCCCCAGGGGUUCAGCCACCACAGCAGAAGUGAUAUCGACAUUGAAGGUGCUUCUCUACAGAGCAUCGCCAAUCUUAUUUAACAGAACCAAUAUCUCCGAGAUCAUGAAGAUUUCAAAAGAUUCCCAACAUAAGUUUCACUCUGUGGCCAAUGAACUUCUCGAAUUGGUGGCAGCAUCUAAUCCCGAAGUUCUCCGAGACCAACUCCUGGUCAUGGCAGAUUUACUUGUGACUGAUGAUAUUUAUAAUCCGAAAAAUCCCCUCGAUUCGAUCUUACGAUCAAUUCACCAUUAUCUAAAAACCUCGCCCACGGAUUUUCCUGACAGUUUGAUUUUCACUGAUAGAUUGCUAAGAUUGGCUCAAGAAGGAUCGCCGGAACAAGCCAAAUAUUCUGUUAAGAUCCUAGGCCAUCACCAGCAAAAGGAGCACUUUCUUUCAGAAAUCGUUUCCAACCUGCUUCCACUAGACCCAGAAAGUCCUCAUUUCACAACCAAGCUUGCCUCCAUUGCCGAAGUCAGUCUUAUUGAACCUUUUGCUGUGGAAGACCACGUAGGGGACAUCAACAAUGUGAUAACAGAACAAGUACUCAAGCAAAACCGUCGCCCGGAAAGUGAUGCUCCGGGGGUUGAGUGGAUCACAGACGAUGACUUGAAGUUGAGUCAUCAGUCAUACGAGCUUCUCAAUGAGAAGGUCCUUGCAAUUCGCUACAUUGUUAACAGGAUCAGAGGCUUGUGCCGCUCGGAAACCAACAUUUCUGAUGCCGCCUUCGUGAAACAAUUCGAAAAGCCUAUAAGGCUUCUCUCUCUCAUCAUUGCGACAAGUGGCGAGAUUGUGAAGCAAAAUGACAAGCUGAAUCCAACCCCAAGACUCUAUCAACAGCGCUUGCGUUUAGUAGCUGGAUUGGGAAUAUUAAAACUAGCAAAGAUCCCUGUCUUAGAUGUUUUGAUCGAUUGCAAUAUUCUUAGAAAAGCUGGUCGCUUGAUGUAUGAUCUGUCAAAGCAGGUGAGAGAGAAAUUCAUGAGAACUUUGCAUAGCUGUUUGUCUAGCUUCGAAAUUCCGGAGAGAUUUUUAUAUCUCGUUUUCAUGAUGGGCCACGAGCCGGACCCACAAUUGCGUACUCGUGCGGACACCUGGGUGAAAUCAACGUAUCAAAAACUCGAGAAGAAAAAUGAUACAACGUUCGAGCGUACCCUUUCACGAUUGAUACAUGGUAUUGCACAUGAUGAAAAGUUUUUAAGCUAUUCCGAAGGUAAUGGAGGUGACAGCACUUCCAGUAAUUUCCAAGCCCUUGAAUACGCUCUGAAAUAUCUCAACAUGUAUCUUUUGAACAUCUCAAAAGAUUCAAAUAUCUCGCUUCUAUACUAUAUUGCAAGUCGUGUGAAACAAUACCGGGAUGCCACACUCUCUCCUAAGGAAUAUGAAGUUGCAAUGAUACCUCCAGCAGCGAUUAGAUUGUACAGAGUUUCAGAGUUGUGUCAAUUGAUGAUUAAAGAAUACGCAGAUUUGAAGAACUAUACUUUGCAGACAUGGCCUGGAAAGAUGAAACUUCCAGCGGAUCUUUUUUCACCUAUGGAGAAUUUUGAGGAGGCACUGAAGGUGCUUGAAAAACAAUACAUUGAGGAUGACUUACAAAUCCAGCUUCGUGGGAAAAUGAAAGCAAUCCUAGGUCGCUCCACGAGUAGAAGGCUCAUUGGAGCACAUCCUACUCCUGCCAAAAAGCGCAAGCCCAACUCCAAAACACCCAGGCAAACUAAGAAACCCAAAAAAUUGAAAGAGUCUACUUCAAAGAAGGUGUCACCACGGAGAAGAAGCUCAAGAGCCACAAGGAAAGUUACCUACUCUUACGGUUCUGGAAGCGAACUAAGCGAGGAAGAGAUAGUCAGUGAGGAUGACUACGAAAGUGAUUACGAUUAG